AUGCAGGCCGUUCUCGACGUUCACGAAGCCGUCGCGAAGCGGUUACCCGGUGUCGGUCAAGGCGAGGUGGACUGGUACCUCGUUUUAGACGUCCCCGAUUUCUGCGACGACGACGCGUUGAUAAAGAAGUCGUAUCGAAAGAAAGCGUUGCUUCUGCAUCCCGAUAAGAACAAAGGCGCGGGGGCGGAGACCGCGUUUAAGUACGUUUCAGAGGCGUUCGGUUGCCUGUCCGACAAGGUCAAGAAGUCGCAGUUCGAUCUAAGAAAGCGAGCCAGAGCAGCCAUCGGAGCGCGCGGCGGGCACCACUCCGCCGCCGGCGCAGCCGCCGCCGCGAGUCGGCAGCACGCCGCGGCAAAUCGGCAGCAUGGGGGGAGCGGUCGGGGGCAUGGAGCGAGAGGGGGAAGCACCGGCGCAAAAGCUGGCGCAGCGGCGGGCGGAGCGACAGCUCCGCAGUUUUACACGCGGUGCCACCAUUGCUGCGCGAGUCUGCUGUGCAAGCAGGACUCCCGCGGGCAGAUCGUGAAGUGCCUGCUGUGCGAAAAGAUGUUUCUCGCUCUUGAAGUCGAUCCUCCCGCCAAGGCGAAACCGGCUGCUGCUAAUGGUGCUCCCGCUGGUGGUAAGGGCCGAGGGCAGCAGAAACAGCAGGAUCAGCAGCAGCGGCAGCAGCGGCAUCAACAGCGGCAGCAGCAGAGACAGCAGCAGCAGCAGCAGCAGCAACAGCAGCAGCAGCAGCAGCAGCAACAGCAGCAGCAGCCGCAGCAGCAGCAACAGCAGCAGCAGCCGCAGCAGCAGCAACAGCAGCAGCAGCCGCAGCAGCGGCAGCAGCCGGUGCCACUGCGGCCGGCUCCCCAGCCGCCGCCACCUCAACCGCAACAACCACCACCGCCGCCACCCCAGCAACAACCGCAGCCGCAACCGCAGCCCCAGCAACAGCAGCAGCAGCAGCAGCAAUAUCAACAACCAUGGUGGCAACCGCAGGCGGGCGGGCAGCAGGGCGCGGCGGUGCCGCAGACGGAGAGCGAGCGCGCAAGUUUCAUGAAAAACAUGACGGAGAGCGAGCGCGCGGGUUUCAUGAAGAACAUGCACGCACAGUUCUGCGCCGCCGGCAUGAUGGGGCGCGGGGGGCCCGCGGAUCGAUGGCAGCACCCGUCGCAACCCGCGCACCCGCCCCACGCGCCCAAUGGCUUCUCUUCCGCUGCUGCUUUCGCCGCCGCCGCUGCCGCCACCGCUGCAGCAGCAGGUGGUGCGGGUGGUGGUGGCACAGGAAACGCGGCCGGGAUUCCUGCGUUCGGCGUGCCUUCGUUCCCGCAGCCCCCAGCCUCGUUCGGAGGGCAGCCGGCAGGCUCGAACCAGCAGCAACCGCGGCAGCCGCCGCAGCCGCAGCAGCCACAGCCACAGCCGCAACAACCCGGGCAGUCGCAGCAGCAGCAGCAGCAGCAGGCACAGCAACAGCAGUACCAGCAUUAUCACAACCCGUUCUCCCAAGCUCCGGCUAGCCCCACACCAGACCACACCGCCCCGCACCCUUCCCAACCCUUCGAGCAGCCGUCUCACGCGCAGCAGGCGCAGGCGCAGGCGCAGGGCAGCCUCUUCGAGCGGUUCUGCUCGCCAGGACCCGCGGCGACGGGGUUCCGCCAGGCGUUUGUGAACGACGUGUGGGGCAAGGUGCAGCGGGAACGAAUGGACGAGCAGGCGGAGGGGCGGCGGAAGGACCGCGAGCGGAAGGAGGCGGAGGUGGCGGAGCGGAAGCGCGUGGCGAAGGCGGGUAGGGAGGCGGAGAGGGAGAGGAAAAAGGCGGCUGCUGCUGAGAAGGCGGCGGCGGUUGCUGCGGCGGCUGUGGCGGCGAUGGGGGCGGGCGCGGGGAGGGAAGGCGGAGGCGGGCAGGCGAAGGGAAUGGCGGGUGAGGCGGCGGGAGGAGAGGGAAUGGGCGCACCUGGUGCAGGGGCGGGCGGGGCAGGCGGGGCGGGAGAAGCGGGAGGAGGUGAGGCGGGAGGAGACGGGCGGAGCACGAGGAAGAGACAGAGGGGGAAGGAGGAUGUGCUUCUAGGCGACAUGUCUGCCGCCGUGAAUGCCGCCAUGGCUGCUGCGCGCGCUGCUCUUGGGACGGGCGGCAUGGAUGGGGUGGGGGAACGCGGAGGGUACGAGGCGGAGGAGGAGAUGGGGGAAGCGGGGCGACAGGCGAAGAGGACCCGCAGGGAGGAGGAGCAGGCGACGGUUAUCAAUCUGGAUUCAGAUGAGCCUUCUGAAAUGGAGGGGGCGAACCCUGUUUUCUCCUCUGCUCCUGCUCCUGCUCCUGCUCCUGCUCCUGCUUCUGCGCAUGCUCCUGCACCGGCUGUUACUGCUGGUAACCGCUAUAAUGCUACAGCUGCAACUGCGGUUCGGAAUGGUCGGGCGACUGUGUUCGACCCUGCGGCACCAGCUGCAGCUGCGGCUGCUGCUGCUGCGGUGAGGAGCAAGGAGGCCAGUGGGGAGGGCGGGGGGACGACUGCUGCUGCCAGGGGUGCUGCUAAUGGUGUGAAUGGGUUGGUGGGUGAGAAGAGCCGGCAGAAAGAGGAGAAGUCGGAGGGGGAUGAGGAUGGGGAGGAGGAGGGAAUGGAAGUGGCGGAUCCGGACUUCUACUGCUUUGACAAUGACAGGGAGGAGGAGAGCGUGCAAGAAGGGCAGGUACGUGCAAGAAGGGCAGGUACGUGCAAGAAGGGCAGGUACGUGCAAGAGGGGCAGGUACGUGCAAGAAGGGCAGGUACGUGCAAGAAGGGCAGGUACGUGCAAGAAGGGCAGGUACGUGCAAGAAGGGCAGGUACGUGCAAGAAGGGCAGGUACGUGCAAGAAGGGCAGGUACGUGCAAGAAGGGCAGGUACGUGCAAGAAGGGCAGGUACGUGCAAGAAGGGCAGGUACGUGCAAGAAGGGCAGGUACGUGCAAGAAGGGCAGGUACGUGCAAGAAGGGCAGGUACGUGCAAGAAGGGCAGGUACGUGCAAGAAGGGCAGGUACGUGCAAGAAGGGCAGGUGUGGGCGCUGUAUGACGAUCGGGACGGCCUGCCUCGUUUCUACGCGCUCGUGCACAAGGUGUGGGCGCUGUAUGACGAUCGGGACGGUCUCCCCCGUUUCUACGCAUUGGUCCACAAGGUCUCCCACCGCCCCGCCUUCAAGUGCCGCCUGCAGUGGCUCACGCCCCUCCCCUCCUCCUCCCGCCGCUCCGCCUCCUCCUCCCUCGUGCCCCCGUGCGGGUGGUUCCGCCUGGUAACCCGAGCCAAGACAAUGGACAGCAUCAAUGUCUUUGCCUUCCGCAUGCCGGGGGUGAAUCUUCACCCGAACUUUCCCCUGGCUGUUUUCCCGCAGCCGGGGCAGGUCUGGGCGGUGUUUACUGACCGGGUGCUGCUGCAGCAGCGGCGGAACGGGACAGGUUCGGGGGGAGGUUCGGGGGUAGGGUCGGGGGAGGGGUUGGAGAGGUAUGAUAUUGUGCAGGUGGCUCGGGAAGGGGAGGUGAAGGGGGGGUUGGCAGCGGUGGUGGGAGCGGCAGGGUUGAUGGGGUUGCCUGAGAGGCCGGAGGAUGGGGUGAGAGGGCAGGUGGUGGUGUGGCUGCUGCGCCGCAUGCAAGGAUACACGAGCAUCUUCCAGCGCACGAGUGAGUGUCUGGCAGUGGAUGUGACGGUCUUCUCUCACCUCGUGCCCACCUACGUCUGCAAGGGCAACGAAGCCAACUCCAAGGGACUCCCCUCCCCGCCUCGAGGAGCCAUGGAGCUUGACCCGGCCGCCAUCCCUCCUGUCAUGUCACCCAUUACCACUUCAAGACUCGCGUGA